CUUGCCAACUUGACUGAACACCUCUCCAAGGUUGAAAAAGACAUUGAAGAAGUGAUAAGAGAUCCAGACUUUCAAGGCCUCGGUAUAAUUGAUUGGGAGUUCUGGAGACCAAUCUUUAACAGGAAUUGGGAUAAACUCUCUAUUUACAGAAAUAAGUCAAUGGAGCUGGUCAAAGAAAGGCAUCCUUCGUGGUCAGAGAAUCUAAUUGAAGAAAUAGCCCGGGUAGAAUUUGAAACUGCAGCUCAGCAGUUUAUAGAAGGCACCUUGCUGCUUGCUCAAAAACUUCGUCCGAAGUCUACCUGGGGUUUGUACGGCUUCCCAAACUGUUACAACAACAAGGAUGGCGAACCGUACACCUGUAGUAAACAGAAUAUGCAGAUGAACGAUCAACUCUGCUGGAUGUUUGAGUCCAGUUCAGCAUUGUUCCCUUCAAUUUACCUUCACGAAGAUCUGUCCCGAAAUAGCACGCUCUAUGUGAAGUAUAGAUUGUUGGAAGCCUUCAGACUUUCCAAGAAACUAGAUGGUCAGUUCAUUCCCGUCUAUCCUUACGUUCGUAUAACCUAUCCACAUUCGAAGAUGUAUCUUAACGAGGCUGAUGUUGUGGCAACAGUUAGCCAGUCAGCCGAGCAAGGAGUUGCCGGCGUUGUCAUGUGGGGAGACCACCUAACAGAGAUGACAAAGACCGACUGUCUAGAGAUACAGACCUACAUUGAUAAUUUUUUGGGACCAGUGGUUAAAAAUCUCACCAUAAUCACACAAACCUGCAGCCAAGAGUUCUGUAACUCCCAUGGAAGGUGUACCUUCCAGCUGACACCCACUGCAGAUAUUCAUUCCACGUAUCAUGGAUUUGCACUGGAUUUGACGGAUCAGUGGAAAUUUCAGAGCUGUAAAUGUUACAAUGGAUGGAGUGGAGCAAACUGUGACCAUCAAAAUUAGAGCCUACAUGUAAAACACAAACUCGCUACUGAAUAUUUUUCUUACUGUACGAAUUUUAGUGUCUUUAAACAGUAUUCACGCAAUCGAAUGCGCACAUUUUUAAGAUCAGUUUUGUUGCGAACGCCUUCAUUCUCAAAUCCUACAUACAUGUAACGGACCAUCAGGAAAGUCAGAAUCGGAAGUAGGGAGAAGAGCCGAAGAAAUUAAAUUAAAUUA